GUUUUUGACAGUCGCAAAUCUGCUUUCAAUGACGAAGCACGUGUUAACGUGCAGAUGAAAUGUUGGCGCGAAUUAUUUUAUCGUAAGAAACUAAACAUUAGGAAGUGAUUAUUUAAUUUUAUUUGUAAUGACUGAGACGUUAAAAUAUAUACUACGUAUUACUGUAGUGACAACUUUAUAUUACGUAUUGAUCAGUGUGUUUAAAGAAAUCAAACGAUUUAUUUUGACUGGAAGUGAGAACGAGGUUUGAUAACAUUGGAUUGUUUUAGCGUGAAAAUCGAUUUUGGAAUAAACCCUCAAGUUUAGCCUCGAACGGCAUGAAGAAUCGUUAAACGAGUACGAGACUAUCAAAUACAACAACACAGAUAUUCAAAAUGGCGGAUGCAGACAUUUUCAAUUUCACUGAGCAGAAUGGAAACGUACAACAAAGUGAACUAUCUAAGUUCUCAACGACUCUGCUCACGUUCGCAGCGAUCGUGACCGGUGUGAUCAUGGUCAUAGGGCUGUUCGGCAACCUGCUCACGGUGGUCGCCCUUCUCAAGUGCCCCAAAGUGCGGAACGUGGCCGCUGCAUUUAUUAUAAGUCUAUGCAUAGCAGACUUUCUGUUCUGUGCUGUGGUGCUUCCGUUCGCCAUAUCGGGCUUCUGGACCCGCACGUGGUCACAUGGCGGCGCGCUCUGCAAGAUGGUGCCGUUCCUGCGAUACGGGAACGUUGGCGUCUCUCUGUUGAGCAUCGCCCUUAUUACUUUGAAUAGGUACAUAAUGAUAGCCCACCACAGCUGGUACGCGAGGGUAUACCGCAAGUACAACAUAGCGCUCAUGAUCGUGUUCUCGUGGAUGUUCUCGUACGGGAUGCAGAUACCGACGCUCAUUGGAGUCUGGGGUAAAUUCGACUACGAUCAAGAGCUAGGCACGUGUUCCAUAGUGCCGGACGAAAACGGUCGUUCGGCGAAGACCGCUCUCUUCGUGAUAGCCUUCAUCGUUCCUGCGCUCCUGAUCUUCAUCUGCUACGCAAGAAUAUUCUGGGUUGUGCACAGUUCGGAGCAAAGAAUGCGUGAACACCAACGCUCCCAACACAACAUCCCCGGGACCCUCAACAAUGGCAGUGACAAGCGUUCAACGAUUAAGGAUACGAGAGAAACCAAAGCACGUCGUAACGAGUGGAGGAUAACGAAGAUGGUCCUGGCAAUCUUCCUCUCAUUCCUUGUCUGCUAUCUUCCCAUCACUAUCGCAAAAGUCGCUGAUAGUCACGUACAUUAUCCUGUAUUCCACAUAGCCGGCUACCUCCUCCUGUACGCGAGCGCGUGCGUGAACCCGAUCAUCUACGUGAUAAUGAACGCGCAGUACCGCGCAGCAUACGCCGCCGCCCUCUGCUGCCCGCUCUCGCGUCUGUCGGGCCUCACCAGCGAGAAAUGGAACGAGCGUCACGGAUACAGCUUCAGCAACACACGAACGGUGCUAAGCCAAGUGUCGCUGGCGGACUCCAGAGCAGACCCUCGGGGCUCCCUGCCUUCUCCAAGGUAGAUUACCCCGGAUCCAGGCCGAGUUCCAGCAUGGGGCCAAGAACAGAGACAGUUACCAGCGGUUUGGGGUCAAGGGGCACCUUGAUCAAGAUGACAAGAUUCGAAAUUGACCAACGCUCUUAGCCUGUCGCUUUUUAGCUAGACGAACCAAAGAUAUUUUUUUUUUUUUAUUUUUACUAUAAGUACGCACUCCAGUUGUUGUCAGUGAUUAUUAUCGGCAAAAUUAAUAAUAUUUGCAAUGCUAAGAAAAUAAGAUUUUUAAUUUACAUUAAUAAGUCGCUGGCACUAGUAUUUACCGCUCUAAUGACGUCAUGUAGGGCAUUAGUACGUUUUACCGUAGAUGGAGUUCUCUGUCUACGUAUUUUACUAUCAAUUUACAAAUUCAUAGAAUUCAAUUUGAAAUGAAUUUUUAAAAUACAUUUUUUUGUUUUAUGGAUUGAAUUAAAAAUUAUUUCAGACAUUUUUAGAUUAUUUCUCAAAUAACGUAAAAUACCCUCAUAACAGCGUAUCUUUGAAAAGUUUCAGAAAGUAUUGAUACAUUCAGGAAGUAAGGAAAACUCAGUAUUAUACCAAUCCGUCCAGCUAGAAAGCGACAAGCAAACUAUAGCUUUAUUAGCUUUGUAUAUAGUUAGUGGCUUAUUUAUGAUUAUUAUAUAUUUAAAUAUAAGAGAAAUAUCAAAUGUAAUAUAAAGACAAAGACAUUUUAUAUUGUGCCUUAUUGUAUAAUAUGAAAUUAAAUAUAAAUUUUAGAAAGUUACCACCAUUCAAACCACCUAAGACACAUUCCAAAAUGUAGUUUGUAUUUGUAUAUUUGUACAUUCCCCUACAUUUGUAUAUUUUAUUUGGCUGAAUAUUUUUAAGGUAACGACCAAAGAUUUAUUCGUAUGAGUUCAAUUGAGAGUAUGAACGUUAAGUAAAAAGCUAGUAGAUAAUAGUCUGCAGAUGUAUCUUUUUAUUUGCAAUAUUCCAUCAUUAGAAUACUUCAAAUUACAUAUUAGUCGAAAUUUCAUAGAAAUUAAAAAGCACUGCCUACUCUGAAAACUCAUUACGAGCCUGCCCCAGCACCUGUAGCUAAGUGGCACGUCGGUUCUCUUUCUACAAUCGCUAACGCUUCGAAAUCUAUAAAAAUGUAAAAUAUGGGAAUGAUAUUUGCUGUCGGCAGGUCACGUGAUCGAGUUAUCGAUCGGAUCUGUCAUUCCCAUCCAAUAUUAUAGUUUUCGAAGCGUUAGCGUUUGUAGAAAGAGAAUCGAUGUGCCACAUGGCUACAGGCCCUGUACUGUAGAAAAGAAAUACUAAGGUCAUCCACCACGCUUCUACAGUUGAGGUUUUGAACAUUUGAAUUUAUCUAAUUAUACCAGCAAAUGUUAUUACAGUUGAACUCUCUUUUUAUCUGACACUAUUUCUACUUAUACAUUUUUUUAAACCAUUUACUAGGGAUUUCAUGAUUUUUAUGAAAAAUACCUACCUGCCUUAUGUAUUUAAAUUAAAGAAACAGUUAGGUAUUAAAUUCAAUGAAAUCGAAUACAUUACAUAAUAAUGUAAGUACUCGUAGGUAGGUACCUACAUUUGUAAAUUAAUUAAAAUAUUUUAAAUUAAAUGUAUCAUAAAUACUGCAAUGCCAUAAUAUUUUUUAAGAAAUCGAAAUUAAUUGACGGAUAUUACUGUAUCUUCAUAUUUUAUUUGUUUUUAUCUAUACUUAGCAAUAAAAUUACCGAUUUGGAUUGUUAAUUUUCAAUAAAAUAUACUAUAUACUUUUAAAGAA